AUGGACGUCUUCUCUACCAAGUUUUGGUUUAAGAUGAAACUAAGGAAGGUGGAGUUGAAGAAGAGUAGCAUAAUUCCUACGGUAGCAAGCUUUGCAUCACGUAGCUAUUUUACCUCAGCAAAGUUGAUGUUAAGAGAGUUAGCAGAGCUUUCAUCGCUAGAAUUGAAUGGAUGGAUGGAUGAUACAACGAUACAAGAUACAAGAUACAAGAGACCCAAUGGAUCAGAUUUAAGUGCGAAACUUGCUUAUAAGCUGUUCAAUGCUUUCAGAAAAUUCUUUGAAACUUCGUAA